UGUCCGGAGCAGGCCCGCUUUGCGAUCGGCUCAGUCGACGGAACAAUAUACGUGUACGAUUCGAGAUCGAGUAGUAAUAAGCCGAUCAGCCAGUACCGACCCCACAACAGAAUAGUGACUAACCUGGCCAUGAACGCAGAAUACAUCCUGUCCGCUAGCUUGGACGAGACGGUAUCCAUUUGGGAUCAGAGAACUGAACGAAUCAUGAGGUCUAUCACAAUUCCAGAUGAAGCGAUCCCCACGUGCAUGAGUAUGCGACGGGAUAAUUGGGUUUGCGUCGGGGACGACAAGGCGAAGUUGCACAUGCUAAAUCUAAAUAACGAUAUUGAGCUAGUGAAAUCUUAUUCCACCGAGCAUACGGCCUUGAUAACGGGGGGUGCGUCUGACGCACGGAUGCCUGAUAACGAGUUCUCUAUUCGACCCCGUCAGAAUUUCGACCUCUACGGAUCCGCCAGAGCCCAUCGCUACUUUACGUUCAGCGUUCCGCGCUAUCCACAGCAUGGACUAUCUGAAUGAGACUCUUGCGAUAGGCGGCUUGGGUGAACGUGGUAUAAACGGUUUGGUCACAGUUUGGCGUCCAAAAUUGACACGCUCAACAAAAUAUCAAUAAACGGAAAAUUUUUAUAUGUGUGUUUUGUAGCUAUUCUAUAGAUAUAUUGCUUUGAUAUGUAAUGUAUGUUCUUAGUUUUUAUUAAUACGAUACUAUUGUAAUGUAUAAUGUAAUGUACAUCUAUACAGUUUUACACGAAAUUAGAAAUAUAUAAUAACCCUUUGUCGAAAAUUCGAUUGAGUAAAAACUUCACUAACAACGCUUACGAUUAUAAGUUGAGCCAUAAUCGUAGCUAUAAUAAUAAUAUAAGCUCAAGCUUAUAGUAUCUUGGGAAAGAAUCUUAUGAAAGAAUUGUAGCGUAUUUAUGAUUGGAUUUUUUAUGUUAAAAAGAAUAAGAGAAAACAUAUUUUUAUACUAUAUAGUUAAGUGCCAUAUUUAU